CCAUGGCGGAGCGCUCGGUGUCGUGCGCGUUGACUUUUAUUUUUGUUGCUUUGUCAGCGUGUUCACUCGGUUGGUGUUCACUUCCUGGUCAACAGGAAUUGCUCACUUUCCAACGAUCUCACAGCUAUAACGAUACCAAAUCAGAUUUGAUAUUCCUGGUCGAUGUAUCUGGAAGCUUAAUGCACUAUGUGUACCAGAAUGGACGAUACCACGUCAAGAACGGCUUCGACGACGAAAAAGUGUUUGUUAACUCUUUGUUGAACUACAUUCGAAUAAGUCUUCCAGCAACGCGAGUGUCUGUUAUCCUCUUCAGUACGAAAGCUUCUAUUGACAUUAACUAUAUCAGCCACUUAAGUCCAAAUAACCAUAAAUGCAACUUCAAAAUAGCGUUCCAACGUCUUCCAUUUCGCAGUGGAAUGACAAACAUGAAUCAAGCUUUUCAUCUUGCUAACGACAUCAUCUUUGGAAGACUUAGCGGUUCCAAAAGGCCAACAGCUGUGGUCAAGACAGCCAUUUUUCUGUUGACCGAUGGGAAUUGGAACGACGGCGGCAGUCCAUAUUCCAUGGCUCAACAGCUACGUAAUAAAGGCAUUGAGAUAUUUGCUAUUGGUGUCACAAAUGGCAUUGAUUUUAAUGUUCUCAAUAGGAUAGCAUCCUCGGGAAGGGCAUUCAGAUAUAGCAGUUUCAAUCAGUUUCGCAAGAUGGCCUACUAUCUUAGAGGAGAUCCAUAUGAAAAGGACUGGCUCAUUGAGUCUAAAAGUAAAUGCAGCAAUUGUGAUCCGAAGGCAAAGUGCGCAUGCGGUCUUCUAAGUGGAGAGUACAAAUGCGCAUGUCCACUGGGUUACUAUGGAUCCGGCUAUGUUGGAGACUGUAAACGUUGUCCUGUGUCGACAUACAAGUCAUUUGUUGGAUUUGCUAAGACCUGUACCGAGUGCCCAGAAAACUCCAUCCAUUCUAGACAAGGAAGCUAUAAAAAGAGUGAUUGUAAAUGUAAAACUGGUCAUGAUGGCAAUCCAGGAAACGAUUCUCCUUGCAAGAUCUUAGAUUGUGGUAAACCUCCUGUCCCAACGAAUGGAAAGAUAAGAGGGGGGACAUGCAAGGCGACUCACUAUUUAAGUACUUGCGAGGUAGUGUGCAAUGAAGGGUAUGAGCUAAGUACUGGAUCAGGCUUAAGAACAUGUCAACUGGAUCAAUACGGUAACGCACACUGGAGUGGGAAUGACCCGACAUGCAAAGAAAUAACCUGUCCUGCACUAAGAGUUCCCAAUGCUUAUCCCGAGGAAGGAACAUGUGUUCCCAUAAGUCGCGCAUAUAAAACCAAGUGCACCAUUAAGUGUAAAACUGGAUACAUACUUAAAGGAAGUAACGUCAGAACAUGUCAGUUGGACAAAACGUGGUCUGGGCAAACAGUUUGUGAAGAGGUCCGCUGUCCAAAACUAAAUUCAAUACCGCUGACUCAAGUAAAUCCGGCGGAGUGUGUUGAGAAAGACAUGCGUUUCUUUAAACAAUGCUCUUUUACUUGUCCCAAUGGAUACGUCAUGAGUGGAACAUCAAAACGAGGUUUAGUUCGUUCCUGCAGUGUCAGUGGUCAGUGGGAUAAUCAGGAUCGCACUUGCGUUGACGUAACCCCACCAACUAUUAAAUGUCCGUUUGACACAAGUUUAAUCAUUAGAAAUACAUCAUUUCGACUACCCCACGCUAUCGUGUCCUGGUCUCCGCCAGUUUACAACGACAACUCAGUAGAAGCUGAUCCACUGGCUGAUUUGACUCUGAUUUCCAGUUUUACCUCUCCACAUAAUUUCAAAAUUGGACAGACAAAAGUUACGUACAAAGUUCGAGACAAAGCUAAGCUUGAAAACUCCUGUACCUUCAUUGUACUUGUUAAAGAUAAGGAAGCACCACAGAUGACGUCAUGCCCCAAGGACCAAAGCCACGAGCUGGUUGGUCAAAGCAAAUUACGAGUCACGUGGAACACACCUACGUUCACAGAUAAUUCCGGUCUACAAGUAACGGUGGAACCGGACAUCAGACCUGGUACAGAACUGCCACUAGGAGACCAUAUUGUUCACUACACGGCUAAAGACGAAUCAAACAAUGCUAACUAUUCUUGUGAAUUCAAAAUUUCUAUCAAAGCUAAGACAUGUCCAGUUACAAAGCCACCACGCAAUGGCGCUUUAGCCUGCAAUGCCUUCGGGGCUGCCAAUAGYUACUGUCAAGUUAGCUGUAACAACAAAUAUGACUUUGCUGAGCCUCCUGGAGGAGURUACCUGUGUUCCAAUGGCCAAUGGCAAGCCUUCCCGGCUGGAAAACCMUUUCCCUGGCCAGACUGUUCAGUGCGAUAUGACCCUGAAAAAGCAGGAUUUCGCAUGCAAACUGCCUUCUACUACUACGAAGGAGAUUGCAAUACCCCAGACGCACAGAACCAAAUCAAGAACAAUUUCAUGAAUCUUCUCCGCUAUACCGGCAUUUUGGCCAUGUUUGGAAAGACGUGCUCCGAAGCCGAGUGCACAGCUGAAAAUAUCAACGUGUAUUGUGGUGAUACUGAUGCCAGUAAGAGACGAAGACGAGCUGUUKCUAAAGAAUUGUAUAUCAAGUUCGAUGUCCAGCGGGAACCUUUUAUGAUUCCUUACACGAAAAAUGCGUCAACUGUAAACCAGGAACAUUUCAAAACAAAGAAGGGCGAUUUGAAUGCCACAAUUGUCCUGAAGGAACCUGGACUGUUGGUAAAGAAGCUAAAAACUUUACAGCAUGCCGAGAGAAAUGCAAACCUGGAUAUUUCUCGCCCAAUGGYUUAGCACGGUGCUUUCCUUGUCCUCGCGGUACGUACGCCUCGGGCUACAUGAACAAACAAUGUWCAGCCUGCCCUCAUGGAACAACAACUCUCAUCGCUGGGGCAACAGCCAGAGAAGACUGUGGAAUGAAAUGUGCUCCCGGUACAUAUUCGUCCAGCGGUGUAGAACCAUGCAAGCCAUGCGCAAAAGGAACCUACCAAGAUGGCAUGGGAUCUAUAUCUUGUAAAGAUUGUCAGGGUACUUUGUCGACUUACGGACCUGGAUCAGAUUCGCAAAGCAUGUGUGUUGACAUCGAUGACUGCGCUUCGAAUCCAUGCAAUAAUGGAGGACGUUGCAUUGACCAAAAAGAUGGUUUUACAUGCGAAUGUGUGGCUGGAUUCGUUGGGAAACAAUGUCAAGUUGAACAAGACGAGUGUCUCUCUGAUCCUUGUUAUCAAGGAGCAACUUGCGUGAAUAAGGUGAAUGGUUAUGACUGCGUUUGCUCACGUGGGUACACGGGGAAAAAUUGCGACGUCUCUUUAAGUUUAUGCAGUCCAAAUCCAUGUCAGAACGGAGCUAAAUGCAUCCCUCAAGCCCCAAACGUCCUUUGUGAAUGCCCUAAAGGAUAUGAAGGACAUUAUUGUGAAGUGAAAAUUGACUUCUGCGCAUCAACACCCUGUCUAAAUGGUGGUCUUUGUCAAAGUCUUGGAGAUUCAUUCAAGUGUUCUUGUAGAGCUGGUUUCACUGGAGCGCAGUGUGAGUUACAAUCCGAUCAUUGCUCAAGCAGUCCUUGUCUGAAUGGCGGCUCAUGCGUAAACGAAGUYAAUACGUACCGCUGUUCCUGUAAAAAGGGUUAUGCGGGCUCGCGAUGUCAGAGGAGAGUAGUGAAUUGCUAUCCCAAUCCUUGCCAAAAUGGCGCUUGUAUGGAGAAAACAGAUGGGUAUGAAUGCAUAUGUCGACCAAACUAUGCUGGAAAAACWUGUCAAACAAAAGUAUCWACAGACUAUGACGUCACCUUCCCRUCGCGCUUAGCAACCUCGUCUUCAUCAGUUACAAAUAUCCCGGAUCUUCAAGCGUUUACAGUUGCUUUCUGGCUUCGAACCACGGACUCCGAAAACCCUGGGACACCAWUCUCUUAUUCUACUAAAGUGAAUGGCAAAGUUGUUGACAAUGCGCUAGUGCUKCAGGAUUAUGGUGCGUUCACACUGCACAUAAACAACGAAAAGCAUUUCAUUGGUGUUUCAGCCAAUGACGGAUAUUGGCAUCACGUGACCGUCACGUGGAGAAACUCAGAUGGCCAAUGGGUGUUUUACCUCGACGGACAAACUGUUGAAAGUUCAUCAGUUGGAUUUCAAGUCAAAGCGACCAUCAAGGGAGGAGGUGUAAUGGUACUGGGACAGGAACAAGAUGACCUGGGCGAUGGCUUCAGUCCUGAAGAAGCCUUUAUUGGUGACCUAAGCCAAGUGAAUGUCUGGAAUCGCGUAUUGAGCAGCAAUGAAGUUGCUAAUCUUGCCGGUAAUUGCCGGGCCUCGGAAGGAAAUGUUAAAUCUUGGGGAGAUUUUUUGGCAGGACUUCAAGGUGUAUUCGUGAAGACAAGCAGAUCAAGUGUUUGUGAUUUCAACAGUAAACUUCGUGRCUACCAGUUUACCUACGAAUCGCGAUAUCCUUCACAAGAUCACAAAGUGGUCACUAGCAAGACUCCAGAGGAGUGUGCAGCAAUUUGUGAGUCGGAGAAAUCGAUUCCUUGUCGUUCGUUCGACUAUGAACGCUCCACAAAGAAAUGUUACUUAAGCAAAGCUGUCGCUGGUGCUGGUGAUUUAAUUCCUGCCAAAGGCUUUGACUUCUACCAAACAGAAUGUCUCGAUGCUCUUGGAAUGGAAGCGAAAGCUAUUCCAGACUCCUCCAUUACUGCUACAUCUUCUCUGGAUGGUAUAUCUGGUCCUAAGGAGGCGAGACUCCACAAUCCUCGUGUUUCAGGUGUAGUUGGUUUGUCUAACAGUCGCGGAGGAUGGAGUCCAAGUGUAAACAAUAAUAACCAGUACUUACAGAUCGAUCUUGGCAGUACAUUCAGGAUCACAGGAAUUGCAACUCAAGGUGUAGAGUCGACAUCAGAAUGGGUGACGUCUUACAAGCUUGAAUACAGCAGCGAUAAAAGCAGUUGGCAUUACUAUCAAAAUACUCUCUCUGGGAAUAAAGACGACAGCACUGUUGUACGGCAGCAAGUUCAAGUAUUCGUAGCUCGUUAUGUGCGUAUCAGACCACAAACCUGGAAUAAACGAAUUUCCCUGAGAGUUGAAAUCUAUGGAUGUUCUUUAGCACCACAGUCGGUCAAAGCACUAGACGUCAACAUUCGYAGYGAAGGCUGYGAAGAUCCUGUGAAACUCGAAGGCGGAGGYUGUGGRAAAGCUUACRUCAAAGUUGAUGGRAAGGAAUACUCGCCCAAACAACGAGGUUUUAACAUAGCCAUUUUGGACGGUACUUCCGGUCACCUGAUCAAUACACAUUCUUUCGAUACCCAUGGAAGUACUUCUGAGUCAGACAAAGCCGCUAACCUUUUGAAAUCUCUUGGAGGAAAUGAAAUUGUUUUAGCUGCCAUUCAAGACGAAGGUUGGGGUAAAGCAACAACAGGUCUUGUUCACCAACUGAUCAGGCUGGGAGCAACCCCUCCCAUGUUAAAAGAUUACCGUGGUGCAUUAGCCAUGGCAACCACUUCUAGCAACACAAACCCUUCAUGGAUGAAGUGCGUAGAGAAACAUCGAAAAAAAGGACCUAGCAUAUUAUCUGUUAAAGUACCUCUCGUCAAUUUUGCACUAGACGUCAGUAUCCGUAGCGAAGGCUGUGAAGAUCCUGUGAAACUCGAAGGCGGAGGUUGUGGAAAAGCUUACAUUAAGGUUAAAGGAGAGGAACAGUCGCCAAAACAACGAGGUUUUAACAUAGUUGUCGUGGACGGUACUUCCGGUCACGUGAUCAGUAAACGUUCUUUCGAUACUCAUUCAAGUACMUCUGAAUCGGACAAAGCUGCCAGCUUUUUGAAAUCUCUAAAUGGAAAUCAAAUCAUAUUAGUUGCCAUCCAAGACGAAGGUUGGAUGAAAGUGACGGAAAGUCUURUUCAACAACUGAUCAGACUGGGAGCACCAACUUCAAUGUUGAAAGAUUAUCGUGGGUCUCUGGCCUUGGCUGCGCUUGCAAGGAGCACAAAGCCUUCGUGGACGAAAUUUGUAGAAAAACAACGAAAACAAGGACCKAGCAUAGUUUCUACUGAUGUACCGCUCUCUCUUUCUGCAGUUUCUGCCCAGUGUACUACAAACCAUUGUUCGAAUGGAGGGACUUGUAUUAACCUGCUGCACGGAUACCGAUGUCUUUGUGUUCCUGGUUACCAAGGAAACAAUUGCCAAACAGAGUCUCCUUGURCGGAUCCUGGUACACCUCCUAACGGUCAGCGRUCAUCGUCGUCUUUYUCACACGGUAGCAGGGUAACAUUCACCUGUAGUACUGGUUAUCAAUUACAAGGCUCGUCAACACGGACAUGCAACCGAGGGAAAUGGAGUGGAACAGCACCUCAAUGCUUAGACAUUGAUGAAUGCUCACAAGGGCAUUGCUCGCAAAACUGCAGAAAUACUGAUGGAAGCUACAAAUGCGCAUGCCACAAAGGCUACAAGAUGAAUGCCGAUGGAAAAAGAUGUGAUGACAUCAACGAGUGUUCUAUGGCUGGUAUAUGUAGUCAUACUUGUUAUAAUACCGCUGGUGGGUUCAGGUGUAGUUGUCCAUCUGGAAUGAAACUCGCUCCUGGAGGMCGCUCUUGUCAAGAUAUGAAUGAAUGUUCAACUGGUAAUAAUGGUUGCGAGCAGGAAUGUUUCAAUGGYUAUCUUACUAGUUCAUGUCAUUGUCGAGGAGGAUUUUAUCUUGAAUCUAAUAAAAAGCAAUGCUCAGAGAAACGGUGCCCUUCGACUUCUGCCCCUGCCAACGGUCAACAAAGUAUCCAUGGUGAUCGUAUCCUAGGAAACGUAUUAACMAUAUCAUGCUCCCCUGGUUACAAGAUCGUUGGCCCUUCUUCCAGAACGUGUCAAGCCGACGGUAAAUGGUCUGGGGCAGAGCCUCGAUGCCAGGCUGUUCGUUGCCCUGUUAUUGGUACAUUAAAGCAUGGUCGAGUAAGUGUGACCGCUGGCCAGUCGUAUAACAGUAAAGCAUCAUUCUCCUGUAACCAAGGCUACGAUUUGGUUGGAGCAACCACAAGAACAUGUCAACAAAACGGAGAAUGGAGUCACCAGCAACCAAGAUGUGUUCGUGCCGACUGUCCUUCCCUAAAGGCUCCAAGUCACGGCACRAUAGAAGGAAUUCGUCGUGAAGUCGGGAGUACUGUUCGAGUAUCGUGUAUUACUGGUUAUCGCGUAACCCCAGAUGAUGGGGCUUUCAGGACUUGUGCAUCUGAUAACAAAUGGACUGGAUCUGACCCAGUUUGUAAAAUUGUCAGUUGCGGAAAUCCUGGUACGCCUUGGCAUGGCUUCCUGGCUGGAGCAGAUUUCACUUACGGCCAAACAGUCACCUAUCGAUGUCGCGUUAAACAUUUUCUUGAAGGCGAUAAUAAGAGAGUUUGUGGUGCUGAUGGAAAAUGGACUGGAACUUUACCAAGAUGCCUCGAAAACUCUUGUGGAGAUCCAGGAAGUCCAGCUCAUGGCCACAAGUCUGGCAAUAACCAUACAUACGGUGCCACGGUAAGAUUUUCAUGUAGUAAAGGAUACAAUCUUCGUGGUUCCACAACAAGAACUUGCCAAACUACGGGAUUAUGGGAUGGAGUACAACCAACAUGUCAAAUCAAGAACUGUGGCGACCCAGGGACACCUGCGAAUGGUCAUCGAAUAGGUAGUGACUUCACAUACGGGAACUCCWUGGUUUUUGACUGUGACCCAGGCUUUAAGCUGCGUGGCUCGAUAACUAGAGAUUGCCAAGAGACUGGUACCUGGUCUGGUUCUCAACCUUCAUGUGUUGCAUCUAAUUGCGGUCAAAUUGUUCAUGGACCAAGCGGAACAAUUCAAUCAACCAACUUUCCCAACAACUAUCCUUCCAACGAGUACUGCACAUGGGAAAUACGAGUUCCCAAAGGAAAACAAGUUCGCAUCGAUUUCCAAGAAUUACGCACUGAGGCAGGCAAAGAYGUAGUCUACAUCUAUGAUACAGCCAAGCCUACUGAGCCCAUGAUUGCGUUCAGCGGUAUCAAGGACAAACCACGUGCUAUGACGUCAUCAGGAAAUUCACUUCGAGUACGAUUUAUUUCUAAUGGUUUGAAUUCUAACAAUGGCUUUAAGCUGACGUACAAGCAGACAGAUUGUGGAGGAAUGCUGACCACUCCAACCGGUGAAAUACGUUCUCCAGGAUUUCCUAACGGUUAUCCAGCUUCCGUAAGCUGUACGUGGCUURUACGYGUACUCAACACAAAAAUAGCGUUAACCAUGUCAGAGUUUAGCUCCGAAAAUGCAUACGACCGACUCGAGGUCGCCCRAGGUCCCUGGGUUACGGCCCCGCUGGUGAUAUCAUGGUCAGGUCCCAGGCCCCUAUCUGGRAGCGUCAAGACCCAAAACUACAUGUGGCUUCAUUUUUACAGCAAUUCGAAGAACGAUCGUUUUUACAAGGGAUUUAAGGCAACGUACAAACCGUACGAUCCUUACGCAAAACGCAAGUAGUCGGUUUAGGUUGCGAAUUGACAAAUACAAAAUAGUGAAGAAUUAAUUAUUAAAGAUUGUAUUUAGAAACUGA